AUGGCUAGACUCUUCUUCACCUUCAUUAUUUCCCUCUUCCUCACACCCUUCAUCUUCACCACCCCAUCAAAUGCAGCUUACAACGUGGUAAGCUUCGGUGCAAAAUCCGGUGGCCAGACCGACUCGACGCAGGCCUUCCUCAAAGCAUGGGCGGCAGCCUGCCGAUCGACCACCGCCUCCACCAUAUACGUGCCCAAGGGGAGCUUUUUGGUGAAGGCAGCAGUGUUUAGAGGACCUUGCAAGAGCACAAUCAAGAUCAUGAUCGAUGGAACGAUCGUCGCGCCGGAUUAUCGGUCGAUGGGGAACUCGGGGUACUGGAUUUUGUUCAUUGAUGUGGAUAAGGUUGCCAUAUUUGGUGGCACGCUUGAUGCAAAGGGAGCUGCGUACUGGGCUUGCAGGAGAUCUGGAAAAAGCUGCCCAAUAGGGGCCAGGUCAAUCACAUUCAAUUGGGCCAAUAACAUUGUGGUGAGCGGCCUAACGUCAAUCAACAGCCAGUUGAGCCACUUGGUGAUCAAUAGUUGCAAGAAUGUAGCUGUUCGGAAUGUGAAGAUCAUCGCCCCUGACCAGAGCCCCAACACAGACGGAAUCCAUGUCCAGGGCUCGACCGGCGUCACCAUCACCGGUAGCACCAUCGGGACCGGAGAUGACUGCAUAUCGAUCGGACCCGGCACCCGGAACUUGUGGAUGGAGCACAUCAAAUGUGGCCCUGGACAUGGCAUAAGCAUUGGCAGCUUGGGGAAGGAUAAAAAGGAAGAUGGAGUGCAGAAUGUGACGCUGACGAACUCGGUUUUCAUCGGAUCCGACAACGGCGUAAGGAUAAAGUCGUGGGCGAGGCCAAGCAAUAGCUUUGUUACAAACAUUGUGUUUCGCAACAUUGUUAUGACUAGAGUGCAAUAUCCCAUCAUCGUUGAUCAAAACUACUGCCCCAACAACCAAGGCUGUCCUAAUCAGAGUUCCGGGGUGAAGGUCAGUCAGGUGACAUACAGGAACAUAAAGGGGACGUCAAGGUCUCAAGCUGCAAUGAUAUUCAACUGCAGUUCCAGCAAUCCGUGUAGAGGGAUUCGGCUGCAGGACAUCAAUCUCACGUACAUGAACAAGGCCGCGACGUCGACGUGUAGGAACGUGCACGGAACGAGAAGCGGCGUGGUGGUGCCGCGGAGUUGUGUGUAGGAAGAGAUGGUGAAGGGGGUUUGGUCUUGAAAGGGGAGGAAGGAAAUGGGGUUUGGUUUGAUUUAUAUUAGAAGCA